AUGAAGACCCUGAUGCGCCAUGGUCUGGCAGUGUGUUUAGCGCUCACCACCAUGUGCACUAGCUUGUUGCUCGUGUACAGCAGCCUCGGCGGCCAGAAGGAGCGGCCCCCGCAGCAGCAGCAGGCGGCGACAGGCAGCGCGCAGCCGUCGACGGAGAGCAGCCUCCAGCCGCACCCGGGGGCGCCCGCGGGACCCCGGCCGCUGGACGGAUACCUCGGUGUGGCUAACCACAAGCCCCUGAAAAUGCACUGCAGGGAUUGUGCCCUGGUGACAAGCUCGGGACAUCUGCUGCGCAGCCGGCAAGGGUCCCAGAUUGACCAGACAGAGUGUGUCAUCCGCAUGAAUGACGCCCCCACACGUGGCUACGGGGGUGAUGUUGGCAAUCGCACCAGCCUGAGGGUCAUCGCGCAUUCCAGCAUCCAGAGGAUCCUGCGGAACCGCCAUGACUUGCUCAACGUGAGCCAGGGCACCGUGUUCAUCUUCUGGGGCCCCAGCAGCUAUAUGCGGCGGGAUGGCAAGGGCCAGGUCUACAACAACCUGCAGCUCCUGAGCCAGGUGCUGCCACGGCUCAAAGCCUUCAUGAUCACGCGCCACAAGAUGCUGCAGUUCGAUGAACUCUUCAAGCACGAGACUGGCAAAGACAGGAAGAUCUCCAACACUUGGCUCAGCACUGGCUGGUUCACGAUGACGAUCGCACUGGAGCUCUGUGACAGAAUCAAUGUUUAUGGAAUGGUGCCCCCAGACUUCUGCAGGGAUCCCAGUCACCCCUCAGUACCUUAUCAUUAUUAUGAACCUUUUGGACCUGACGAAUGUACGAUGUACCUUUCACACGAGCGUGGACGGAAGGGCAGUCAUCACCGCUUUAUCACGGAGAAGCGAGUCUUCAAGAACUGGGCACGGACAUUCAAUAUUCACUUUUUCCAACCUGACUGGAAACCAGAAUCACUUGCUAUAAAUCAUCCUGAGACUAAGCCUGUGUUCUGAGGAAUCAAUGAGCCAGACCAUAAUCCCAAGUACCCACUGUACCAGUCACCUGGGCACUGAACUUCCUGGAGUCACCAGGCAGGACAGGUGAACAGAACUUGUAGCAGGAAAUAGAUUCCCUCCUCAAGAAGUACCAUGGACAGAUGACUACCAGGUGUCACUACAGAGCAGUGCAGUUGGUUUUUAAGGAAAUUUUCUAGAAUGAACACAUCCUAAUGAGUUUGUCCCUUUCGAAGGGGUUACCAUAGGAGCUGAACACUCUUUUUAUUGAUGCUGCCAAGGUUAAAAACAUGUUGGAUCUCUUUAAGUAUUGCCUUCAAAACCAAAACAUGAGCAACUCAACAAUAUUAAUUGCUUUCCUUUAUAGAAAUACCACAUCAAAAGACAUUUUUCUAUCAAGUUGUAUUCUAAUCCGAUCUAUAAUCUUUGUCAUCUGUUGGGAGUCUGUAUGUGUGAUUUGUAAAAAGCCACCUAAAAGUAUGGACAUGAUUUCUGAAGAGCACAUCUCCACUGACUCUCAUAAAGCAAACAUCCAAUAUUUAUCCAUUCAGUUUUUUAGUGCACCUUAAAUUUGUCUUGUAGGCCAGUAUUUUUAUAGAUUAUGAUUAUGUGAUAAUUUAUGCUUCCUAAUCCUUUAAUCCUGAAUGAUAGUUGGGAAAACCUACAAUUGGGCUGAUAAGCCACUGUGUUCACAAUGCUCACUGUUAGCAGGUAGCUGAUAUUUGGUUUGGAAAUGUUGUGCUGUAUUUUUUGAACCCCUUGACUUCAGAUUUGCUAUUUUAUGGCAAGAAUAGUUAUGACUUUUUCCUGUGUACAGAAGUGCUUCCAAAAUGACAAAAUUUAAAACCAAAAACUGUGUUAUUAAAAAAAAGGCUAAUAAGAGAAACUUAAAGAUAGUUUUCUUCAGUGGUAAUU